CACCACUAAAACCAGUGAUGUUUUGGAUUCAUGGCGGAGCCCUCUAUCUCGGGUCAUCAUUUCAAUACCAAUACAACGGCAGUGCACUGGCAGCUCAUGAUGUGGUGGUUGUGUCCAUGAACUAUAGAUUAGGACAGUUUGGGUUCCUAUACGGUGGCGAUGAUAGGGCGCCCGGAAAUCAGGGCUUUUAUGACCAGUUAUUAGCACUCAAAUGGGUGAGAGAAAAUAUUCAUAAAUUUGGUGGGGAUAAGGAUCAGAUCACCAUAUUUGGUGAGAGCGCUGGUAGUUGGUCCGUAUCGGCACAAAUAUUAUCUCCCCUAUCGAAAGGUCUGUUUAAGAGGGCUAUUAUGGAAAGUGGUGCCCAUAUGUUCAAUAAGGACAGGGAUAUCAGGACUAAAUCUGAAGUUUUAAGCGAUGCCAAGAAUUUAGCCAAACAUUUCAAUUGUAGUGAAAAUGAAUGGUUAGAGUGUUUGCAAAAAGUCGACGCAAACCACUUAAUAGAGGCCACUGUUGUGGGAAUCACUGUCGACACACUCGACACUGAAUACCUCCCGGUGUCCGCACAAACAGCAUUUGAAACACUAAAAUUCAACAAGGAUCUGGACCUAAUGGCAGGUGUGGCCGCACACGAGGGCUCUACGUUAUUGCGUAUGGCAGUGCAACAUAUCCCACAAAACAUAACUGAAUCUGAUUUUAAGAGAUUAGCGCAAGGUUUCGACUCAUUUUUUCACGACUUAAAUGCCACCGCAAUCACCGACUUUUAUUUGGGAAAUAUCAAUAAAACUGAC